AUGGUUGCUGCUGCAUCAGAAUUAGAUCAUGAACUAUUAGAGUACGCUCGUAACAAUUUGCGUUAUGUUCCCGAAACUCCAGAGUACGCCCGAAUGAUCUCUGGAAUGUUGUAUGACCCGAUGGAUCCAUUGCUAGAAGAUGGAAGGGCAAUCUCGUCCGACUUGUCUAUCGAUUUUGCCAAUAUUCGUCGCGGAGACUACAGUUCUCUCGAGGACUGGAAAAAAUCAAAGGCUGACUUCAUCCAGAAAUUCUUUGGCAAAGCUGGCGCAAACUGCUUCGUGGAGCCCCCGUUCAGCUGCGAUUACGGCUACAACAUAGUUGUGGGAGAUAAUUUCUACGCCAACUACAAUGCUUCGUUUUUGGACGUCUCUCUGAUUUUAAUCGGAGACAAUUGUCUGCUUGGUCCCAACGUUACGCUAUGCACAGCUGGCCACCCAUUGGAUGUGAAUUCUCGGGCCGAAGGUCAAGAGUUUGGCUUACCAAUCAGAAUUGGAGACCACUGCUGGCUUGGGGCCAACUGUGUUGUUUUGCCAGGCGUUACUCUAGGGAAUAAUGUCGUUGUGGGUGCGGGAGCUGUUGUGACAAAAGAUGUCGAAAGUAACUCACUAGUCUUAGGCGUCCCUGCCAAAGUGGUGAAGAAACUCGAUCCACUUAAGGAAGGCUAA